UCGAACACCGAAUGUGUGUUGACAAACAACACUUCCUUACUUCAUUAGUUCUUUACUUACGUACUGUCUUGGGUUAGACUAGUUUACUGUUUACAAGUGGAUAAGCCUACAGAACAUCGUCAAAAUGGGUAAACGUCAACAUCAAAAGGAUAAAAUGUACCUGACCUCCACAGAGUGGUCAACACUGUAUGGAGGCUAUAAAGCUGCAUCUCAUUCCGGAUCAAAAGCAGAUUUCCGCAGGUUGCCCCUCACGCAUUGCGCUUUAUCACUGGUACCUUUCAAUCAUCCAUAUGUUGAUCAGCAUGGGAAUGUGUUUGACCUUGAAGCACUACUUCCAUUUCUUCGAAAGUUUAAAGUUAAUCCUGUUACGGGUGAGCCUUUAAGUGAAAAACAGCUUACCAAAGUGAUAUUUCACCGUGCGAGUAGUGGAGAAUAUCACUGUCCUGUACUCUACAAGCCCCUAACAAAUACAUCACACAUAGUAGCUAUCAAGACAACUGGAAAUGUAUUUUCGUAUGAGGCAGUUGAACAGUUAAACAUCAAAGUCAACAAUUGGAGAGAGCUUCUCACAGACAAAUCUUUCACACGUGCUGAUAUAAUAGUCAUUCAGAAUCCUCAGGAUCUUGAAAAAUUCAACAUUAGUAAAUUCCAUCAUGUCAAGAACAACCUUAGAAUUGAAGAUGAAGAAACUGUUCAGGCUCGAUCAGAUGCAACGAAACGUUUGAAAAAUGUAACCCAGGAUACACAAGAGAUCUUGGAAGAAUUCAGCCGGACUUACAAAGAGGAAGAGACAAGGAAUGAAGCGGAGGAACGAGUAGCUGACAGGUUCAAUGCGGCUCAUUAUUCUACUGGGAAAGUUUCUGCAAGUUUCACUUCUACAUCAGUUGAUGUGGAAACCAAACAUGAGCCUGCAGUAUUGGAGGAUGAAGUUGUCAGAUAUCAGCUAGUCAAGAAAAAAGGUUAUGUGUCCUUAAAAACAAACCUAGGAACUUUAAACCUUGAAAUAUACUGUGAUAGUGUAUCAAAAGCUUCAGAAAACUUCUUGCGCCUGUGUGAGAGAAAAUACUAUAUCGGAACCAAGUUUCACAGAUCUAUACGUCAUUUCAUGAUACAAGGGGGUGAUCCAGAAGGUACAGGAAAGGGAGGACAGUCAAUAUGGGGGGAACCUUUUAAAGAUGAAUUCCGUGCCAAUUUGUCACAUAAAGGUCGAGGUGUGCUCUCCAUGGCCAAUUCUGGACCAGACAGCAAUAAGAGUCAAUUUUUCAUUACAUACCGAUCCUGUACUCAUUUGGAUGGUAAACACACAAUUUUUGGACGUGUAGUUGGAGGAUUAGCUACUCUAUCUGCCAUGGAGGCUAUUGAAACUGAUAAUAAGGAUGUUCCAAUUGAAGAUAUAAUUAUUGAGGAUACAUCCAUCUUUGUGGAUCCAUUUAAAGAAGCUGAUGAGCAGCUUGCUGAGGAAAGGAGACUGGACAUGGAGAAACGUAAAGCUGAGGAGGAUGAGCUGAAGAACCACAAACGUCCCAAAGUUAAAGAUGAUGAUAAACUAAAAGUUUUUCGCUCUGGAGUUGGAAAAUUUCUUGAUCUGUCAAGAGCAUCUGUCUCGAAAGAAGAGAUUCAAGUAGCUUCACAACAAAAGAAGAAAAAGAAUGAUGCAAAGUAUAAUUUCUCAGACUAUAGUGUAUUUUAGGAGGAUUAUUUAUGUGAGAUGAGAGGGCAGCCUGUGUUUGUACUAGAGUCCUUUAUUUAAAAAAAAAAGUCCCUGGAAGCACAGCAGUCAUAGGCACCUACAAGUGUUUUAGGAUUAGAUUUCCAGUUUUGAGAAAUUUUAUGCUAUAAUAAUUUGCAAUAACUUUCCAAAGUAUUCAUGACUGGAAUGAGAACUUCACUGAUUUAAGUGUAAGAUGGGGAAGGUAAGUGAGGAAAAAGGUUUCAACUGUUUGCAUUAUGCAAUGUGAUAAAGCCAUGUAAUUACAUGCAAAGAUAUAAACCUGCAAAAUCUGCAACAAAAUUUGUCAUUAACAUUGUAAGUAGAAAAUAUACUGUAAUUAUAAGGUUAUCAGUACAACCUGUUGGCAAAUGUAUUUUGCUUUAUGGAAUAACAUAAUACGUAGGUAUAUAAUAGUACCUGAAAACAAUGGGGGUGACAUAUGCGUAUCAUAGGAGCUCAGAAUCUUUAUAGUUUGGAGUUUUGUAAAUAAAUAAAUUUUUAAUGUACCAUUUUGCAGCCUUUUUACUUUUCUCAAUAAAUAUUUGUUUUUAUGAAACUUUGUAAUCAAUAGGUUUUGUCAAAUAAUUUUGCUUUCUUCCCUUGAUCAAAUUUAAAGAUAUUAAUUAUAAUUGGUUUUAAAAAAAUGUUUAACGGGAACAUUCAAGUCAAUAAUUUUGUAACAUAAUUUGUUUCCUUUCUUCCCUUGUUAAAUGUAAAGUAUGUUAUUAAUUGUAAUAUACCUACUUGGUUUAGCAAAUUUGUGUCUAUGGAGUACAGUUUGUAAGUAUGUACUAUACCUUGUACGUAAUAGGUGAAAGUCUUUACUUCCUGCUAUACAUGCUUACACAAAGCUAAUGCUAAAAUUACUAGUUUAUAAUUCCUUUCCUUUUAAUUUUAAAUCCUGACAAAAAAUCCCUAGUAAAGGUUAAGAAACAAAGUUAACUUAAUUUCCUUAACACUACAAUCUGCAAAGCACAAUCUUCCCCAAUAAAAAAUUAUCUUGUUUUAUAACUUACAAUAAUAAAAAUGAUCUUGUA